AUGGCCCUUGUAGUGGCCCUCUUCCUUUUCUUCAUUGGCUUCGCAACAAUUGUUCUUCUUCACUUUCUCAUGAUGACCAACGCCUUCCGCCGCCGCUGCAUCCGCAUCAACGAGUUCCUUUUCUCCGAUACCAUCGCCACCACUUCCUCCGCGGCCACCAUGACAACCUCCAACUUGCUUGAACUGCAAGAUCUUUUGCCCAAAGUUGAGUAUAGUGCCUCAACAUUUUCAAAAACCACGGAUUGUGCCAUCUGCUUGGAAUCUUUCAUAGAAGGAGAUGACUGUAAAAUUCUGCCUUCUUGUGAGCACUUAUUUCAUGCGAAUUGUGUGGAUCAGUGGCUUGGGAGAAAGCCUAAUUGCCCCACUUGUCGAGCCAGGGUUGAUAUGGAUCUUGCCACGACAGGGUCGAGAAUCAGUGCUUCUGAUCGGUGGAAGAUGCUUUGGGAAGUAGGACGGUUUGAAUCUAUUGCUUUUGAGCCAUUUGAUGCGAUAGUUGUUAAAGAUGAUAUGGAUGAUGAAUUUUGUAUGAUAAUCAAAUUGACUAAAGGGAAAAGGAGCAAAGUAUCACUUCAGGAUUUUUUCUAG